CUUGUUCGUGUUCUGUUCCUCCCCCCGCAGGUCUCGGUCAUUAACACCGUGGACACUUCGCACGAGGACAUGAUCCACGAUGCUCAGAUGGAUUACUACGGCACCCGCUUAGCGACCUGCUCUUCAGACCGAUCCGUGAAAAUCUUUGAUGUUCGGAAUGGAGGGCAAAUCCUCAUUGCGGACCUGAGAGGGCACGAAGGUCCCGUGUGGCAGGUUGCCUGGGCUCAUCCUAUGUACGGAAAUAUCUUGGCUUCCUGUUCCUAUGACAGGAAAGUGAUUAUCUGGAAGGAAGAAAAUGGCACGUGGGAAAAGACAUACGAGUACACAGGGCACGAUUCCUCAGUGAAUUCUGUCUGCUGGGCGCCGCAUGACUACGGACUGAUCCUGGCCUGCGGGAGCUCUGAUGGGGCCAUUUCGUUACUGAGCUACACGGGUGACGGGCAGUGGGAAAUCAAAAAGAUCAGCAAUGCCCAUACGAUUGGAUGUAACGCAGUUAGCUGGGCUCCUGCUGUUGUCCCAGGAAGCCUUAUAGAACAGCCAUCUGGUCAAAAACCAAACUACAUCAAAAGAUUUGCGUCUGGUGGCUGUGACAACCUUGUCAAGAUCUGGAAGGAAGAAGAUGGUCAGUGGAAGGAAGAGCAGAAGCUGGAGGCUCACAGUGACUGGGUUCGGGACGUGGCCUGGGCUCCAUCCAUAGGUUUGCCAACGAGCACCAUUGCUAGCUGCUCACAGGAUGGCAGAGUGUUUAUCUGGACGUGUGAUGAUGCCUCUGGAAAUUCAUGGUCGCCCAAGCUGCUGCACAAGUUCAAUGAUGUUGUCUGGCACGUGAGUUGGUCCAUUACUGCCAACAUCCUUGCAGUGUCGGGAGGAGACAAUAAAGUCACGCUGUGGAAGGAGUCGGUGGACGGACUGUGGGCGUGUAUCAGCGAUGUCAACAAGGGCCAAGGAGGGGUGUCGGCCGUGACAGAGGGGCAGCAGAAUGAGCAGUGACGCCUGAGGGAACGUUCCAGCGGCAACAAGUGAUCGCUGUACCCGAUUCGCAAUGUUUCUUGAACCAAACGAGAACUGAUUUUAUCUAAACUGGACAUGAACAGGGAACCAAUUACCCAAUUUUAUGAGCACUCUAACCAUUGCUGGGAGGCUGCAGUAUGUUGAGAGUCAGCCUUAAUUGACAUUCCCUUAAAGUUAAGGUAAAGAGCACAGCAAAGCACUGUGCCUUACACUACUCCUUGAUGCUGAAGAAGUGGUUCUCUGCUUUCCUGGUGUAGGGAUCAAAUUGAAUUGGA